GCCGCGAACCAUAGAGUUGGAGCCACACGCGAAGCCCUCGGUGGGGCGCUCAGGACUCGGAAGUCCCCGGACGCGCGGAGAGUCGCCCUGGAGACGUGGGGAAGGGCGCAGGUGGCGGCCGGCGGAGAGGCUGACUGCAGCGCAGAUUGGGUCAGGCACUUGCGAGGACAGCUCCCGAGGGCCGUCCCAGAGGCCCCCGCGCCGCCGGGGUCCUAACAGGCCGCGCCUCCGGGGUCCUAACAGGCCGCACCGCCUUCCGUUGCACGUGCCUGCGGAGAGAUGCCCAAGUCCAAGCGCGACAAGAAAGUUUCCUUAACCAAAACUGCUAAGAAAGGCUUGGAACUGAAACAGAACCUGAUAGAAGAGCUUCGGAAAUGUGUGGACACGUACAAGUACCUGUUCAUCUUCUCCGUGGCCAACAUGAGGAACAGCAAGUUGAAGGACAUCCGGAACGCCUGGAAGCACAGCCGGAUGUUCUUUGGCAAAAACAAAGUGAUGAUGGUGGCCUUAGGUCGAAGCCCAGCUGAUGAGUACAAAGACAACCUACAUCAGGUCAGCAAGAAGUUGAGGGGUGAAGUUGGUCUCCUUUUCACCAAUCGCACUAAGGAGGAAGUGAAUGAGUGGUUCACGAAAUUUGCGGAAAUGGACUAUGCCCGAGCUGGAAACAAAGCAACGUUCACCGUGAACCUGGACCCGGGGCCCCUGGAGCAGUUCCCGCACUCCAUGGAGCCACAGCUGAGGCAGCUGGGCCUGCCCACCGCCCUCAAGAAGGGUGUGGUGACCCUGCUGUCCGACUACGAGGUGUGCAAGGAGGGCGACGUGCUGACCCCAGAGCAGGCCCGAGUCCUGAAGCUUUUCGGGUAUGAGAUGGCUGAAUUCAAGGUGACCAUCAAAUACAUGUGGGAUGCACAGUCCGGAAGGUUCCAACAGAUGGGAGAUGACUUGCCAGAGAGCGCGUCCGAGUCGGCAGAAGAAUCAGAGGAAGAUGACGACUGCUGACGGGCACGUGGGACUGAGGGCCUCCCGGCCGUGCCAGGUGUCAUAUUGACCACACUGGACUGGCGCCGCCCCUCUUGGGGGAGCAGCUGUUUGUUUUGCUGUGAUGAAGACGAGAGGGCAAUAGGGACAGACUGUUUACCUACAAAGAAUAACUGUCUGCAGGGUGUCUCCCUGUAGGUGGCAAAGGAACUUUUCUCAGAAAAA